GGGGGUUUUCAAUGAUGGCGUUGACGGUCACAACGUGCUCUCUCAGGCCAUCCCGGCCAAGGACCGGGUGUAUCCUGACAAACUAGGGGAUGUCAAGAUAUACGACGGUGGGAUGGACCUUGUCGUCCAGGGUGCCUUCAUGCUCAUGGGGAGCAACAAGAGGCAGCAACGGGAGAUUGCCCACUUGAAGGAGUUCGAGGAGAAGGCAGCCUCGGCCGAUGAGGCCAUGAGAUGCUUAGGAAGGCUGCGGGAAGAUUUUGCAGCCUUGCAGAAGAGGGCUGAUGAGGCCGAUGCGGCCAAGGAAGAGGCCCUGGCAAAACUGGCCGAGGAGAAGGGUGCCCGCGAGGCUGAUCGUCGGCGGGCCGAUGAGGCCGAGAGGGCCAAGGCCGAAGCUGAAGCUGCGGCAGUGAAGGACGCUGAUGAUGCCGUGGAGAAGUUCCUGGCCGAAAGCUGGAAGGCCGACGAGCGCCUGCCCUGGUGCUACGAGG